GGCAGGACGACGAUUUUGUACCAAUCUGCGCAUCGCUCAAUCCACGACAGAAAGACCGACGACUUAACCCAGUCGGGUCGAGACGAUUUGGUUAGUGUGAUAUCUUUUGCAUUCUCAAAAAUGGCAUGGUUAUGCGCCCGCACCGCGCUCCAAACAUGUCGACGGCAGAUCUCCUAUAGCCUCGUCCAAAGGAAAGGAUUUGCCGAUCCGCUCGAUCAUGCCACAGGCUUAGAGAAAAGGGAGAUGCUCGCUCAUUUAGCCGGUAACGAUGAUCCAUACAACAUGACUAUAAAGCGGCGAGCAACCAGCACAAAGGAAGAUCCCAAUAUAGUCUAUAGCGCCUUUGAGAGUCGCAUAAUGGGUUGCAUCUGCGAUGAGGAUUCGUUACAUGUGAACUGGAUGUGGCUGCAUCAAGGUCCACCACGGCGCUGCGAGUGCGGCCACUGGUUCAAACUGGUUGAAAAAGCACCUAUAUAAUAUUCCUAAGGACGUGCGAGAUAGUGGAUUGUUUUCAACAUAGAAUUAAUGUUACAUUAGACAGUAAUUGUCUAUUUUCAUUUAUUUACCAUGUCCUGCCUCCAUCCUCUCGAAAAACUUAAAUGGAUCACUUAUUGUAUGGAAAUCGCAGAAAUAAAUAUUGUAAAUAUUAUGUAUAUCA